AAUUGUAGAGAGAGACAGAGUUGUAGAGUGAGGGUGGUUUGAAAGUGGGCACGGCUGGUGGCUGUACUUGUUGCAGACUAAGGUGUGUCCGAUAAAUCUUUUACUCAGGAUACUGCAGACAAUUGGUUCCAAAGUUCAAGGGUACAAAUACACAAGAGAACAGCGCGGAGUUGGAAAACCAGAAGAAGACGAGUAAAAGAGAAGUGUCAAGGAAUAAACACAGACAAGACAAAAUAUGGCAGACAAGACAAGUCCGAGAGGCAAUUCUGGUGACUUUGCUAAAAAAGUCCAAAGACAGCUGAGCAGAGGCAAAGAAAAGGUAAUGCAAAGGCUGGGAAAGUCAAUGGAGACCAGAGAUGACCUUUUUGAACAUUGUCUCCAAAACUUUAGUGACCAGCAGACUGAUGGAAACCGAAUAUACAAGGACUUGAGGGUCUACGUUAAUGCAGUUAGAGACAUGCGUGAAGCUUCAAGACGCCUUUCCCAGUCUCUGUUUGAUGUUUAUGAAUCUGACUGGGCUGGAGAGGAAGAUUUAGGAGCCAUUGUUGAGGGGGAGGACCUCCUGUGGAAUGACUACGAGGUGAAGCUAUUAGACCAGGCUGUGCGCACCAUGGAGUCCUACGUGAGCCAAUUCCCUGAUGUUAGGGACAAAAUUGCCAAGAGGGGAAGAAAGCUGGUUGACUACGACUCCUCCCUUCACCAGCUAGAGGCACUGCAGACUGCGAAAAAGAGGGAUGAUGUCAAGAUAAGCAAGGCAAAAGAAGAGAUGAAUACUGCCAAAGUUAUCUAUGAGGGGAUCAAUAACGAUCUGAAAGAGGAGCUCCCAGUUCUCUUUGACAGUCGUAUUGGAUGCUACGUAGCUGUCUUCUCAGCUGUGUCAAAUUUACGAGACAUCUUCCACAAGGAAAUGAGUACGCUCAAUCAAGAUCUACAAAAUGUGAUAAAGGAGCUGCAGGCUCAGCAUCCAGACAAAGCAUUUGCUGUAAAAGGAUUGUCCCGGUAUGGCUCACUGAAAAGACGAAGUCUGAUCUCUCCAAAGGCUUGGAAGGCCAGCUUUUCUGAGGUUCACAGGAGCUUAAGUCCUAGAACGAGCCAGCGGUUUAGUUUCAGAUCCCCGGAAAAACCUCGACACGGCACCUUGUCCAGAGAAGGCAGCAUGCUUAGAGGGUCUUUAGUCGAGUCCAGGGAACUGGAUGUAGGGUCGUACCAAAGUGAGGUCCACAGCCCUUCUGCACAGGAAGAUGCUGUAGAGAGUGCAUCAGGAAGUGAGCUGAAGUCGGGAGACAACAACAAUCAAGUUGAAGGAGAAAAGGCUGUGAAAGAAGAAGAGCCCAAGCCGCCCGUAGAAUCGGAAAAUAAAGGAGAUGGAAAAAAAGAUCUACCAAGUGCAAGCAGCUCUGAACAAAAUAACUCCUAUGAAUCAGAUAGCUUGGAGCUCCAGCUGUCUGCAGCAGACAAUGGCCCACUGCACAUUGAAGAGACGGACGACAGCCCGGUAACCCUGGAAACUCCAAAACUGAACAGACUGGAGAAUGGUGACGCUUCUGGCUUGAAUUCUGACGCCAAGGAUCUGAGCAUUCCUCAGAAGGACGUCCCUGCAGAGAAAGAGAUAUCCUCGAACUCAAAAAACACAAUGGUUUAAAGUUUUCAUAAUAAAACAAAAGAACCAAACAGCGCCGAACUGACUGAAGUCAACAGCUGCAGAAGAAAGAAAAAAAGACAGGGCGACAGUUGCAACUGACAAGUUCAACUGUGAUUUCACAACUGACAAACUGUUGCUGUUAGUUUUCUUAUUUAUCUUUUAAGGAAAUCAACUUCACAUAUAUAUUGGUGUCUUUGGGAAAACCUAUAUUUUCAUAAACUCACUCACUGCAUUAUUAAAGCAAAUACAUUUUAAAAUGAGGGAUUUAUACAACUAAUGCUAGCAAAGACAGAAGCUCUACAUAGGCUUACACUGCUAAAAAGAUACUGACCACAGAAUGGUUAAUCUACAUUCAACACAGAUAUGAUAUGUUUCUGUCUCUGUGUAAACGUGAAGAGAAUGCCACUCCACUCUUAUUGUGGAAC